AUGGGUACAGGUUCCUCGAAAUAUGAAGCUUCAGAGCCUCAGUCUGGCGAUCAAGGGAAGCAUACACCACUACUACAGAUGCACGGCGACGAGGCUGCCGGAAAAGUUAGUAUCCCUGCUGCCCCGGUGCUGAAGUUUCCUCAUAAUCAUGAACAAAUUCUGAAAGAGGCUGAUGAAGCAGUUGAUAGGACAUCAACUGAGAAGCUGUUUGAUCAGUUAUACCAUGGUGUGUUUUUGAACCAGCACAACAAGGCUAAAGACAGUUCCUACUGGCGUUGGCCCCUCAUAAAUGAUGAACCCAGGGAUUCUUCUCUUGUUGCUGCGGAGCUGAUCAAUGUUUGCUGGCUAGAAGUUCAUGGAAGGUUCAAUACUGUCAAUCUUACACCAAGAACUCUCUAUGAAGUUGUUUUUGUAGUUAUGUUGAAAGAUCCGGCUUACGGAUGGGAAGUUCCAAUCAACUUCAGACUGAGUCUACCAGAUGGAAGCAGGCAAGAGCAUAAAGAAAACAUGAUAGACAAGCCAAGGGCAAAAUGGAUAGAGAUCCCAGCAGGAAAUUUUCAAACUUUACCAGAAAAUAUAGGUGAAAUGGAAAUCUCACUGUACGAGUAUGAUGGAGGGAUCUGGAAGAAAGGACUGCUCAUUAAAGGGGUUCUCAUCAGACCAAAACACUGA